AUGUCCUUCGACCGCGACCACGCUCCCCAACCGGUGAUACUGCCCCCAACGACCACCUCCCAAUAUGCGACCGACCGCAGCGACACUUACGCCAACACCGCAAACCCAGACACAAUGUCUUCACCAUCCACAGACUCAGCUUUCGUGUCUAGAAUACAGAUUUACUCGACAUCGCUUCCGAAGGCGUACAUCAGUCCUAUCUGCGGUGCAGGAGCUGGUCUAGCGUCCGGCAUAGUCACCUGUCCACUCGAUGUGAUUAAGACCAAGCUGCAAGCACAAGGAGGUUUCGCAAACGCUACACGGAACAAGUCACACCUACUCCCCUCAUCUCAGGUCUAUCGCGGCAUAUUUGGCACGGGCUCAACAAUAUGGAGAGAAGAAGGAUUACGCGGCAUGUAUCGUGGCUUGGGACCUAUGCUGAUGGGAUACUUGCCGACUUGGGCUGUGUACUUGACCGUCUAUGAGAAUACCCGCGAAUUCUACUACGACAAGUGUGGAAGCUGGUGGAUAGCUCGCUGCUACUCAUCCCUGACCGCCGGGGCAUGUUCAACAGUGCUGACCAAUCCGAUAUGGGUGAUUAAGACACGCUUGAUGUCACAGAGCAGCAGAUCGACCACGGACGGCAUGAUGCGAGCUCCAUGGCACUACACCUCAACAUUGGACGCCGCGCAGAAGAUGUGGAAGGCCGAAGGCAUCAGAUCGUUCUAUUCCGGCCUGACACCAGCCCUCUUAGGCUUGACCCACGUCGCCGUGCAAUUCCCACUGUACGAAUGGUUCAAAAUGAAGUUCACCGGCUACGGCAUGGGCGAACACCCCACCGACGGCAGUAGUCACUUCGUCGGCAUCUCAGCGGCCACGUUCCUCAGCAAGGUUUGCGCCAGUACCGCGACAUACCCGCAUGAAGUCAUCCGGACGCGGCUACAGACACAGCAGCGGCAAUCGAAUGUGAUGAGCUCGGAUGGCAUGCGUUCCGUGAGGAGGUACAAGGGAGUGUUGCAUACUUGUAAGGUGAUGCUGGCGGAAGAAGGAUGGAGGGCGUUCUACGCAGGAAUCGGAGUGAACCUCGUGAGGGCGGUGCCGGCGGCGAUGACCACGAUGUUGACGUAUGAGUAUCUACAGCAUGGGAUACAGGAGUUGCAGAUUGAGGGAGAGAAGAAAAUUAAGGGAGAGGGUCAGCCGGUCUAA